GAUCAAAUCUAAAUCUAGAUCUCUAGAGAUGCUAGAGUCUAGAUUUAAUCCAGAUUUAAGAUUAAAUUGUAGAUUCUAAUCUCGAGAUUUAUAGAUCUAAAGCUAAGGAGAACUUUUAAACUUUUGAAAAAUUAUUAUUUCUGUUGUUUUUCCCUAUUCUAGAUAGAUCUAGAGUAUUUAUCUAUCUAAUUAUUUUUUAUAAGUCAGAGUCAGAGUAGUCAGACUCUUACUUAAAUUUUAAUACUCAGCGGGGACAUUGCCGCAUUGUGACUGUCAGUCAAGUCAGUGUCACAUCAUUGUGGACACUGAGUGAUACUUCAGACUCAAAUCAGCUGAAACACAAGAUUGACUAUGCUGCAUUUAAGCAGAUUAACGAAGAUAACUUUUGCUCUAGCUAUGCCCACAAGUAUUAUGCUGUUGUAUUGGCUUUAUAAGCGAAGAUAUUCAGAUGAGGAGUCCUAUGAAGAUAAAAAAAUAGUUACAUCACGUACUGUUGUCAUAGAUGUGUCUGUACCACCUAAAGCUGUUGGUGCUAUCAUUGGUCGGCAAGGUGCUACCAUCAAACAAAUUCAGAAAGAGACGGGGGCCAGGUUACAUUUUAAAGAGAAGACUCAGAAUGGUGAUAACUCUAGCAACAACCUAUCACCCCGUACUUUGUCUAUACAAGGCAGCCCUGAAUGUGCACAACAAGCGGAGCUAAUGGUUUACCAGAUCAUCACCAGUAUCCCAGAAGUUCUUACAGAGCAAAUACAAGUGCCCAGCUAUUCUAUUGGAGCUAUAAUAGGUAAAGGUGGUACAUCUAUAAGAGAAAUCUCACAUAUUAGUGGUGCUAAGGUGUUUAUAGAAAGAAUAGAGGACACUAAAACUACCAGCAACCUGAGGGCUGUAGAACUCACAGGAUCCAGGCAACAAAUCGAUAAAGCUUUGGAAAUCAUUGAAGAGAAAUUAAAUGUAUUAGAAGAGAAAAGAUCUAAGGACAGAAACAGUAAAAACCAUGUUAGCCAUCACCACCUGAAGUCCGUACAGGUCAACUCAGAUGAUACCCUCUGGGAUAAACCACAAGAAUCUUUCCCCCAGGACUUAGAUCAGACUGGACUGGUUAAUAUUUAUGUAUCAGCUGUUGAACAUCCUGGACACUUCUGGGUUCAAGUUGUUGGGUUUAAAGCUUUACAACUAGAACAGAUACAUCGAGAUAUUACUGACUUUGUAACUACUGAUGAAGCUAAACUGAAUUAUUGUGUAACACAAAUUAUACCUGGUGACCUUGUUGCUGCUCAAUUUGAAGAGGAUGAUUUGACCUAUUAUAGAGCUAAAGUCCUGGGAGAGACAGCAGAUGGACAAGUAGACUUAUACUUUAUUGAUUUUGGUGAUAAUACUUAUGCCUUUAAAGAAAACAUUUUUAAACUAAGGUCAGAUUUCAUCCAAUUUCCUGCUCAAGCCAUUGAGUGUAAGCUGGCCACAGUACAACCAGUUGGUGGUCAGUGGUCUGAGGAAGCAAUUACUUGUUUUGAAAAUCUAACUCACUGUGCACAAUGGAAAGUUCUGUCAGCUGAGAUGGUCAAAUAUGAUGUAGACAGUAAAGGGAGACAAAGGCCUUUACUAAAGCUGAUUGACAAGAGUCAGGGUCAUGAUGUGGAUAUUGCCAAUGAGCUAAUCAGACUAGGCUUUGCUGUUAGAGAAUUAAACUCUAUCAACACAUCAACAUCUGAAAGUAAAUUAAUAGAUGAACAAGGAAUAGUAACUGAAAUGAAGCCACAUGACAGCAAAAUUCUUGCUGUGUCCACUACAGAACAAUCUAGCUAAUGUAUCACUAAUUAUUAGAGCUUUUUGGAUGCAGGCUACCUAUUAAAAUUCUGAGAAUUCUAGUUUUAGUUUAUCCGAAUAUUUGGCAACCUUAAGAAGAGCGGAUGUUAACCCUGGUUCUGACAAAUGAAAAUCUGCAAGAGAAUGAUAGACUUGUUCAAUCACUUGCUCUAGAACUACCAAACUAUGACUAAUGCAGAAAUGUAACAAUGUCAUGUGUACAGUGUUAUGUUCAAUAACCUUUGGCUGAUGAAAACAUCAAACCAAUCAAUAAGGUAGUAGGUUAAACAUUACUUUUUGUUUCACCGUCACCUGUCUCUUAUUCUGUUGCAUUGUUGGGGCACCACACAUUAUCUGUUGACCAUCUCUCUCCUUUCCUCUGUCUUUUGCCAAGAUUUUAGUCUCUCAUUAACAGGCCUGUUUAAGUCAACAAAACUACAAUUUCUGACUGUAAAUAAGUAUCUUCACAUACACCCUUUAAAGAACACAGAAAUGUUUUAAGCAUCAUCAAGAGGCUUUGGAUUUUCAUCUUAUCAAAUUGUAAUUUGUAACAUAUUUGAAAAAAUAGAUUUGCAAACAUACAAAUAAAAAAAAAUAAAACUUAAGGGAAAAAGUCAAGCAAGUGAACUGAAUUAAUGUAUGUAUUGCUAAUAAUAAGAGACUAUUUAGAAAGCAUUAUGUUUCAUUUUUUUGUUUCUCACAUGCACUCUAACAGUUGUGCUAACUUUUCUCUGCUGGUGUUUAUAGAUCAUCCUUUUAGUUAGUACUAAAGUCAGUUAGAAUGGACCACUGAGGAAAAAAGUGUUAUGAAUGGUUUGGCUUUUUAUUCUCCCAAUUAGUGAAAAGAAUUAGCCCCUUCAUUAACUGUUUAUCUUAAGACAAAUCUAAGUAGAAAAAUUAUUUUUGUCAUUUAAAAAGGGCAUAUGUCUAAAGACUUAUUGACUGACUUAGACAAUAUCAUCAUAGUUGUAAUACCUGGGACUUGAAACAAGACACUUUGUUGUAAUAGAAUCGUCCAUUGCUUGUUACUAAUGUGAUUUAUUUUUUCACUGGUAUUUACUAUUUAAGUUGUUGAUUGAACUGUAAUGUAAAUAGUAACUUUACACUCAAAGAGAAGUGUAAAUAAAGUCUGUUGGAUUUAGCAAAGUCCUGGAUGUUUGUAUAUCAAACCCAAUAAAACGUUUAGGGUUGGGUUUUUUUUUGUUCAAUUGUCAUUCUAUUAUUUUAAAAUAAUUCAGUGUAUUCCAUUUGUUUUUUAUUAAGUUUUAUUGAGUAAACUUUCUAUGUUUAUUUCAUUAAAUUCAGUAAAUGCACAAAAAAUUGUAAAUUCAAGGUGUAAACAAAAUUUGUAAUUGAAUAAAGAAGAAAUAAAAGAAUUUGUUUUUAAUAGUUUUAUAAAUGACUAAGACACUAUUUCUUAUUGCAAUUAUAUUUUGUGCAGAGUAAAACUUUUAUCUUGCUUCUGCACAGAUUGAAGAGUUUCACAGAUGUGAAAAUACUGUGAUUGUUUAGAGCAUAGUGCAAGUGCACUUUUAAAAAGAAAAAGGUUUUAUUGAAGUGUGCCAGUUUUUUUUUUUUAAAUGGUUGAGCAAUUUGUGACAAUGCUGUCGUUAUAAAGGUUCUCACCCCUUUUUUCUACAGUAGAUAGUUGAAUGAAGUCAUUAAAUUAAGUGCUAAGUGACACUAAUCCUUUCUAGACAUCUUCUGUAAAAGUAAAAAAAGUUCCCCUUUCAGACCUUGUGGUCUCAAGGGUAGAAGAUGUAAAGGUCAUCUAUUUCCGUGCCCUAUGGUUAAUGACCAACCGCCUUUUACUUUUCCCCAACUAAUGUCAGGUACCCAUUAGAGCUGGGUUGAUUCAGAGGCACCCAAAGAUCCCAAAAUUAAAAAUCCCAGUCUUCACCAGGAUCCCCGGUUCGGAAGCCAAGCCUCUAGACAUCAUUUGUACAUCAAAAUAUUUACCAAUUAUUGCUUUGUCAACAACCAUUGACUCAGGUAUCAUUUGGACCUUUUUACAUUUGUAACUACUCUAACACUAAAUAAAUGGUUCACAAAAA